GGCCGAGCGGGGAUGGCCCAGUGGCUGACGGCUGAGGCGGCCGGGCUGAGGCGGCCGGGUCGGAGGGGGUCUUUAGCUGACCGCUGGGGCUCAGCGCCGGGGCCCGACCUGAUCGCGGGGCAUGGAGGGCCGCAGCUUCAGAGACACUUGGUGAUUGCCGCCGUCAGUCGAUUGUGACCAGACCACCCCGCCAUGUCUGAGCAAAUGCAAGCAGCCAUGCCAGGAGACUGCGGCUCCCUCCUCCUCUACGAUCGCCACUGCCCAGCACCGCUGCCCCCUGGGCUGGACGGAGUAGGCCUGGGCGGGUCGGCACCCCACGGCUUUACCCACGACCGGCUGGACGGCCUGCGGCCUCAUUCCGGAUCCCCCAAGAUGGUCACCGUCACCGGCGACAACGGUUGGAUGUCCUCAGGCCUACCUGGGGCGGCGGGUGCCAAGUCAGAGGGGGCAGCUGGGGGCCGCAGCCUGGACAGUUUCAUCUACGGACCGCAUGGCGAGAACCUUACUCCGGGCAGGCUGGACUCCUUCGACCAGGCCUUCGCUCACCGUCGCUCAAGGGGGCAGGGCCCAGGAUUUUCCGGCUGCACCCAAACCCCCACUCUGAGGCAAAUGCUAGCGGGAGUCACGACCUCACCCUGCUACCUCCAGGCUAGGCUCCCCCUGGGCCCUCAUUGUCGUCCGCAGGAGGCCGCGGGCCUCCACUGCGCCAUAGCGCAGGCCCGGAGCCUGCCAGGAUUCGGGCAGCGACUGGCCCAGCCCCAGGACGAAGCAGAUGGGAGAGGCAGCCCAUAUCGGCUCCCCCACGUGCACCAGGCCCACCGCCUCCUGCAAGGGACGGCAGCCCAGCCCGGGCGAGGGCAGGAAAUGAGGAGGGAGGAUCUCACACUGGGAGCCGGACAGGCCCAGUCCUAUAUCUGUGGACCACGGUCGCAGUUCUGCAUGACAGAGACGCCGCGGGAGACAGUGCCAACACCAGUCUACCAGCAAAACAGCCACGGCUCCCCAGUCGCCGUCUCUAGCGCCUCCCCACACUACCCGGGUCCCUGCCAGAGGUCGGAGUCAGAGAAUGCCUGUGUCCAGCUGUUGGACCCCUCCACCAGCAAAUACCUGAACCCCCCGCUCCGCCCCACCGAACUCUACUGGGAACAGGUACACCAGGCGCCUCUGUCCUGCGACAGGGUCACCGGCCAAAGGAGAGGGCCGGAGGAGAAGGAGGAGGCGCCCUACCCCUUCAACCGCGGGAACUGCAAGGACCAAUUCAGGAACGUCGGGAACUUCCAGGGCCACGCCGUUCCCGGGGGAAGCCUGGGAACGUCCCACAUUGUGACGCAGACUGACGUGGAGAAGAUCCCGAGAGACAGCGGCCACUUCUCCCCCCACCUGCCCGGCGGUGCCCUGGCGCCAAAGGCACUGGAAGGGAACAACUGCGGGCGAGACGGCAGCCUCCUGGAGGAGACCUCGGGCGACUUCCUGUCCGGGCAGGAGCUGACCCUCCUCGACAGCAUGGUGGACUACUCGACCCCAGAGAGCGCCGAGGACCUGGGAGCCAAGUACCCGCCGGUGACCCUGUACCGGAGCCUCCUCCGCCCCGGGGACUUCCCCGGGCAGUCGCCGGAGCACCUCCAUUUCACGCCGCGGCCCAUGCUGGACCCCACGCGGAGAGGGACGGGACUCUACUCCAGCCUCGACCCGGCCAUGCCCGCCAUGCCUCCCUACCCCUGCGGCGAGCUGAGUAAGUGUCUGCGUUCGAUCUUCACGACGCCAACGUAA